AUGCCCCAUCUACGCAGCGGCAGCAACAUACAAACCGGCGCAAUCAUUUCGAUGGCGCGAGACAAUCCAGGAGAGGCAGCUGCGACGAAUGCGCAAGUCGACGAGGGCAUCGCGACCCCGACCCUGAUAUCACCACCCGAGUCCAAGACGCCUCCAACCGCCUCACACAAGCGCAACCAGAUCUUCCCCUCCAACCCACUCGACCGGAGCUCGGAAACUAUAGAUGCUGCGGCAUUGACAAAAGCGCUUGGGCAUAUCGAGCAGGCCGGCCGAGUCAGGGAGCGGACACCUACAGCAAGCCCAAGUCGAAAGCGCCCACGCAUCUACGGUGACAGAUUCAUUCCAAACCGCGCAGGCCAAGAUCUCCAGGCAAGCUUCAACCUCCUCCAUGAUGAGGCCUCACCAGCAACCCCGUCCAAGGCCAGGCGCACUCCCCAUCACGAGCUGCACUUCCAGAAGACUGAAGAAGCCAACCGCACAUACUCCGCCGUACUCCGACAAGAAAUGUUCGAGGGCUCCGUGCCUCAGGCUUUUCCUCAGAGUUUGUCUCCGACCGAUAGUGCCAAUAUGCGAGGUGCAGGACGCUCGCAUACUCCGCCAGCUAGGACUACAGCUUCGUUACCACCGCCUUCAGGGACACCGUCGACCCCGCACAAGAACCUGUUUUCCUACUCGGGCCAGCCAACUCCAUCACGGACGCCAUCGAGUCGGCAUGGCAUUCUCAAUCUCAACGCGCGUUCAGAUCUAUACAGCCUAUCACCCAUCAAGUACAGCAGUCAGCGUAUGCUUCUCAGCCCUCAACGUCAAGCCCGCGCCGUCUCCAAGGUUCCAUACAAGGUCUUGGAUGCGCCGGAUCUUGCAGACGACUUCUACCUCAACCUAGUCGAUUGGGGCAGUCAAAACACCCUCGGAGUUGGCCUCGGCUCGUGUGUCUACAUGUGGAAUUCAAGUAGUGGCCGCGUUACCAAGCUCUGCGAACUACAAGAUGAUUCUGUCACUAGUGUGAACUGGAUACAGCGUGGCUCACACAUUGCGGUUGGCACAAACCGAGGUCAGGUACAAAUCUGGGACGCACAGACUCAGCGACGACUUCGUACCAUGACAGGCCACACAGCUAGGGUCGGUGCCCUUGCGUGGAACGAACACAUCCUGACUUCAGGAUCAAGAGAUCGCACAAUCUACCAUCGAGACGUUAGGCAGCCGGAGCAGUGGUUGCGCAAGCUUGUCGGUCACAAGCAGGAGGUCUGCGGGCUGAAAUGGAACCAAGAAGACGGACAGCUUGCAUCCGGAGGCAACGAUAACAAGCUCAUGGUAUGGGAGAAACUCAACGCUGAGCCGACUUUUAAGUGGAGCGAACACCAAGCCGCUGUGAAGGCCAUUGCUUGGAGUCCACAUCAGCGUGGUCUCCUCGCUAGCGGCGGUGGUACAGCGGACCGCACUAUCAAGUUCUGGAACACCCUGGUCAACUCCAAUGGCCCGUCGGCCUCAGCCCUUGCAUCCGCCUCGGCUGCCGCCUCUGCCGCUUCUACUGCGAAUGUACCCAUGUCGCCUACAGCACCAGCAAACCUCAUCAACAGCCUCGACACCGGCAGCCAAGUUUGCAACCUAGCAUGGUCAAAGAACAGCAACGAGAUCGUUUCCACGCACGGCUACAGUCAGAACCAGAUCAUUGUCUGGAAAUACCCAAGCAUGCAACAAGUCGUCUCGCUGACCGGCCACACCUACCGUGUACUCUACUUGGCCAUGAGUCCAGACGGCCAAGUCAUCGUCACUGGUGCUGGCGAUGAGACGCUUCGCUUCUGGAACGCGUUCAAGAAGAAGGAGCGCACUGGAGGCCUCAGCAGCAUGGACAGUUGGGGCGUCAUUCGCUGA